UCGUUUUCUGCUGAAAUAAGAAGAAGCUGUUGUUGUGGCGCUAAGCUUUGGGAUUUGGUCCAAUCGUCUCUUUUGGAAAGAUUGACCAGAAAGCAGACGACGACGACGACGACGACGACGACGAAGAAGAAGAUAGACUACGUGCGCUGAGUUUGUCCGGAACUUGAGCCCUACCUACGAGUUUUUCCAAAGGUGUUCCCUCGGAAAUUUGCAUGUCUGGCCCCGUGGCCGGCCUUGAUGUGGGAGGACCACUUGCUUGCGCAGAAAGAACAAAAUCCGCUGAUGCAAUUACCAACAAAGAACUCGCAUCGAUAUUAAGCAACGGAGAACUUUCUGACACGUCUGAGAAUACUGGAUUCAGAGUUGGGGAGCUGUUGCUCACUAAUGGAGAAUGUUACUCUGGUUCGCUGCUCCGAAAUGUCCCAGAGGGAUCCGGGAAGUACAUCUGGUCAGAUGGCUGCUUUUUUGAGGGGGAAUGGAGGCGUGGGAUGAGGCAUGGGAAUGGAAAGAUGGGAUGGCAUUCUGGGGCAUUGUAUGAGGGGGAAUUUUCAGGUGGGUAUAUGCAUGGUACAGGGACGUAUAUAGGUGCUAACAACAUGACGUAUAAAGGAAGAUGGCGGCUUAAUCUCAAACACGGGCUGGGGUAUCAGGUUUACCCUAACGGAGAUAUCUUUGAAGGCUCUUGGAUUCAAGGGGUGGCAGAAGGGCCGGGCAAGUAUACAUGGGCAAAUGGAAAUGUCUACCUCGGAGAUAUGAAAGCUGGGAAAAUGUCAGGCAAAGGUACUCUGACAUGGACUAGUGGAGACUCUUAUGAAGGAAGCUGGUUGAAUGGCAUGAUGCAUGGAUUUGGAGUCUACACAUGGAGCGAUGGUGGUUGCUAUGUUGGAACCUGGACUCGGGGUUUGAAGGACGGUAAAGGUUCAUUCUAUCCUGCAGGGAGUAAGGUUCCUGAUGUGCAAGAGUGUUAUUUAGAUGCUCUAAGAAAAAGGGGUGUACUACCGGAUUUGAAAAGACAGAACCAAGUUGCUUCUUCGGUUAACGUGGGCAACAUCAGGGUUGGUAUGAACCGUGGAAACCGACUCGGUUCAACUGAUAGGCUUUCCAAAGGGAGCUUAAUAAACUUGGAACAGUCUCGGAAUGGGCGGGUUUCUUUAGAAAGACGUUGGAGUCUUGAGGUAUCUAUUGAAAAGGUGAUCGCACAUGAUUACUCAUCUGAUUUAUCUGAGCCAAGUUUAGAUAGUGGUAACAUCCAAAAUAAAUCGAACUUACCAAUCUUGGAGCGUGAAUAUAUGCAAGGAGUCUUAAUAAGUGAACUUGUGGUAAACAAUGCGUUUUCACGCCCAUCGAGGAGAGCAAAAAGGAGACACAAAAGACUUGUGAAAGAGGCUAAGAAGCCUGGUGAAGUUAUUAUUAAAGGUCACCGGAGUUACGAUUUGAUGCUUAGUUUGCAGCUCGGGAUCAGAUACACCGUGGGGAAGAUUACACCCAUACAGAGGCGUGAAGUAAGGACAUCGGACUUUGGACCUCGGGCUAGUUUUUGGAUGAAUUUCCCCAAAGAUGGCUCCUCGAUGACUCCUCCUCAUCACUCGGAAGACUUUAAAUGGAAAGACUACUGCCCAAUGGUGUUCAGGGACCUGAGAGAGCUGUUCAAGAUUGAUGCGGCCGAUUAUAUGAUGUCCAUUUGUGGAAACGAUACCUUAAGGGAACUUUCCUCUCCUGGGAAGAGUGGCAGUGUAUUCUUCCUAUCUCAGGAUGACCGGUUCAUGAUCAAAACACUAAGGAAAUCUGAAGUUAAGGUUCUUAUAAGGAUGCUUCCAGAUUACCAUCAUCAUGUGAAGAAGUAUGAGAAUACACUUAUUACCAAGUUCUUUGGCCUUCACAGAAUUAAACCUUCAAGUGGUCAAAAGUUCCGCUUUGUGGUGAUGGGUAACAUGUUCUGUACAGAGUUAAGAAUCCAUCGGAGGUUUGACCUGAAAGGUUCAUCAUUGGGACGAUCUGCAUACAAUGUCGAAAUAGAUGAGAACUCGAUACUUAAAGAUUUGGAUCUGAACUACUCUUUCUACUUGGAGCCUUCUUGGCGAGAGGCGUUGCUAAAGCAGAUAGAGAUAGACAGCAAGUUUUUAGAAGCCCAAAACAUAAUGGAUUACAGUCUAUUACUGGGUGUGCACCACCGAGCUCCGCAACACCUAAGGUCCCAAAUGGUCCGAACCCGGAGCAUGACGGCUGAUGGGUUGGAAAGUGUGGCUGAGGACGAUACAGUAGAGGACGACAUGCUCUCCUACCCACAAGGGCUGGUUCUUGUCCCUCGAGAGACAGAGGAUGUAGUAGUGGUGGGCCCCCACAUCAGAGGCAGUAGAUUGCGUGCAUCAGCUGCUGGUGACGAAGAAGUCGAUCUCCUUCUACCCGGAACAACAGCCAGGCUGCAGAUACAGCUGGGAGUGAACAUGCCGGCGAGAGCGGAGGUGAAGCCGGGGAAGGAAGAGAAGAUGUUCCACGAGUGCUACGACGUGGUGCUCUACUUGGGGAUCAUAGACAUACUGCAGGAGUACAACAUGGGCAAGAGGAUAGAGCAUGCCUUCAAGUCCUUCCAGUUCGACUCCCUCUCCAUCUCCGCCGUCGAUCCCACCUUCUACUCCCACCGCUUCCUCUCCUUCAUCGACGAGGCCUUCCCCCCCACUUGCUGAUUCCAAACUCAAAUCAAUUCCUAUAAUGUUUUCCAUUUACUUGGGUUCUCUCUCUCUCGUUUUUGUAAAUCUGUGUGUGUUUUUCUAGUGAUCUGCUUGCUCGUUUAAGUGAAUCUCAUCAUAAUUAUUAUUUUUCUUCCCUCC